AUGCUGAAAUUUCUGAGAAAUUUGUACACGGUGGUUUCGUCAAGCGAGCAUCCUUCAAUUGGCUGGAACGAAGAAGGAAACGGGUUUGUAAUAUUGGACAAGGCGGGCUUUAUGCAGAAGACGUUUCCAUUGCUGUGCAAGUCGGACGAGUACGGCACGCUCAUACGGCAGCUCAACAACUACGGGUUUUCAAAGGAGAAGCGGCUGGGCCUGGACGAGUUUGUGAACUCGCGGUUCAUCCGGGGGUCUCCGCACAUGCUGGAGCACAUAAAAAGAAAGACUUCGGUGUCCCACGAAAAGUCGCCAAACAUGGCGAUUAUACAGGACAACCAGGCGCUUCUGCACAGCAACAUGUCGGCAAUAAACGAAAUAAACAGGAAGCUGGCAAGCGACGUGUUUUUGCUUAGAAAGAAGGUGGAUCAGCAAGACAGAACGAUAAACGAGCUGGUGCGCGCGUUCAUCAGAAUCUUCAACAAGCAGGAAAUAAAGAAGGAAACCCUGCAGCUGGAAGACAACACAGACCUGAACAACAUCCUGUCCGACAUGCCAUCCGCGCGCGACACCACAGAAGACAUCAGUAUAGAUGAGUUUUUGAACAACGAGCUAGACCAAAUGUAG